AUGGUUCACUCCCACAAUUACCUCGUUGUUCUUGGCAUCCUUGCUAGCUGGUUUCCAGAAGUCUGUGGGCUCUUUGAAUGGCUGAGGCAGAGUGAGCUUCCUCCAACAGCAGAGCUGCCUCCUCCACCUGGAGAUUUAUCUCCAGCAAUUCUGGUCAAGGAUGUGCAGUUUGAGAUAUCAACUGCUGAUGAGAAGUUCCUUGCUGAGGCCAAGCGGAUGGAGCUAAGUCUUUUAGACCGCUGCCACCACAGAGUGGUUGCUCAGUUAAAGGCGAGCUGCGAAAGACUGUCAGAGGAGGAGCUGGCAAAGCUUGGCGUGGCACUGUUCAACUGCCAGGCACAAAUUGAGGGUCGAAAAACUUAUCAAUGUACAGAGCAGAUGAGUAUAAAAGAAUGCACAGCAAACAUGGACUCUGACACAUGGAAUGCCUAUCAUAUAGUAAGCAACAGAGCUCGCGCCGUGUGCUACGCAACUCGCCAGCAGCUCUUCCGACGCAGGGCAGAAGACACAGUGAACACACUUAUUUCGGCCACUUCCAGCCAACUGUCUGCCAUGGAAGACCUGAAGGAUGGCCAGUUGGAGCUAAGAGAGAUGACUGCAGCAUCCCUGGAAAAGCUCAUGAAGGGCUACAGUGCCCUGCACUCUCAGCAGGUCAAGUUAUUUGAAGGCCAAGGUCAAAUUGAAAGUUCGCUGUUGGACAAUCUGGAGCAUCUGUACCAGGAGAAAGCCCUCAUUGCCUCUGGACAAGAAUUGGUUGCCCAGCUCAUCCAGGGAAUUACGGAUAAAAUGGCAAUUGUUAGUGAGAGUGUGCAGAAUCAAGGCUCAGAAGUGCAGGACAGCCACAGAACAAUCCUUCAAGACCUGGCCAAUGUCAGACAUGAAGCUAACAGCAUCCAUCAAAAAAUUGAUGAUGGCAUGACAGAGUUUCUUCAGUACCAGGACCAGACAUUGAAGUACUAUUCUGAUCUGAUGAGCAAACUGGAGCGAAUGAACAGCAGUCUGGGAUUCAUGCUGCACUCCCUUGAUGAAAUGCAGGGACAAAUACAGGAGAAGCUUGAUCUGAUUGAGGGUUACCUUGGUUGGUCAGGUUUGAGCGUUCCUACUAUGUGGACAUUUAUUGCACACACAAGCUAUUUUGUGCUUCUUGCUGUCCUCCAGUCAUUUCUCCGUUGUGCAGUUUUCUCUCGUGUCGUGCUGCUAUUCACAGUACCUCUGAAUGCAUUGGCAGAGGUCAACCAGCAGCCAGCGCUGGAUCUCUCAAGUCUAAGCUUGUUAAUUGUUAUGCUCUCUUUAGGGCACUGGUUUGUGAGUCAGAUGGGGGUUAAAUUUCCGAGCAGAAGACGGCAGUUUGCUGCAUUGCCAUUUGUCCCAUAUGAAUUAGUGGAGCAGCAGAAGUCAUCGAACUCGUAUCCACAAUUCUCAACACCUCGAAAGGAAGAGCCCAGCUGCUAUGAGCCGAUCAUGGUCAUCUUGGUAUGUCUUCAGUAUCUGAUGGAAAACCUGCAUCAGGUGGCGGUACACAUCACAGCGCACUAUCCCAGCCUGUUCUUUCACAAUUCGCUAUCAGGGCGUCAACUUUGCAACGCAAUCACCAAAACCGGAAAGUCAUGCAAGAAGAGUGUGAGGUUGGGGCAAGAGUACUGCAGAUUCCAUGAAAGCAGCCCUAUCCCCUACUUACAAUCUUUAUAG